UGGGAGACCAGACAUAGUGAAUGCAGGGUCCGGGGAGACCAGAUAUAGUGAAUGCAGGGUCUGGGGAGACCGGAUAUAGUGAAUGCAGGGUCCGGGCAGACCGGAUAUAGUGAAUGCAGGGUCCGGGCAGACCGGAUAUAGUGAAUGCAGGGUCCGGGCAGACCGGAUAUAGUGAAUGCAGGGUCCGGGGAGACCGGAUAUAGUGAAUGCAGGGUCCGGGGAGACCGGAUAUAGUGAAUGCAGGGGUCCGGGGAGACCGGAUAUAGUGAAUGCAGGGUCCGGGGAGACCGGAUAUAGUGAAUGCAGGGUCCGGGGA